GGGUGGUAUGUUAUGCUACGGUGGGAGGUUUUCACCUUUUGAUAGCUGCAAGCUCUUAAUAAUCAUCAAUGACGUUCCGCUCUGACUUGUCUUCGAUUGCACACUUCAAACCUCCAUCUAUCACUGUAAUGCGCCUCCCCUUUCUCUCUCUUCGGGAUCCGCAACAAUGCCUCUCGUGCACAUAGUCCUCUUUGAAUUUAAGCCGUCUGUUGAGCGCAGUGUGAUCCAAGACGUCUGCAAAAGAAUGCUAUCUUUGAAGCAGGAUUGCUUACACCCUUUGAGCAAGCAGCCAUACAUCCUGGAUUGCUCGGGCGGAAGGGACAAUUCCCCUGAAGGACACCAAGUAGGCGCAUUUUCACAUGGCUUCGUAAGCCAUUUCACGAACGAUGAAGAUAGGAGAUAUUACUUGGAAGAGGACCCAGCACAUAAGGCGUUUGUGAAGAGCUUGGACGGCAUUAUUCAAAAUAUAAGAAUUGUGGACUAUGAACCAGGAGCGUUCUAGAUUGGGUCGUUGUUGGGGCAUUGCAUUGGGCGUUGGAGGGGUUGAAUUUGAGAAGCCUUUACGAGUUGGCAGAGUGAAGCUCCCACAUAAGUGACGACUGCAAAUCAUUCUCAAGCACAGUUCUACCAGGAAACAUAAUUUGCGCACA